AUUAACUCUAAACAUCAUUACAUUAAAAAAAAAAGAAUUAAACAUCAAGAGCUGAGCGGAGACCUGCAGAGGUGCAGAUCAGAAGCAGAAGCAUCCUAACCUAAGGGACACCAGCAAAAACCAUUACCCAAAAUGAGAUUUGGAAGUUUGCCAAGUGAACAUUCGAGAAGGGCAGACAUGGAGGUUCUCCUCCUCUUUUUAGCUUUGCUGCAAGAGCCAGCCUCAAGCACCUUGUAUGGGCCCAGGUUUUUGACAGGUGCAGUUGGAGGGUCCAUCACCCACCAGUGCUUCUACUCCAUCACGCCUGCCAACAGGCAUGACAGAAAGUUCUGGUGUAAAAGGAAGAGAGAUGGGAUUUGCUACACCAUCAUCUCCACCACCAACUUCAUCGCAGAAGACCACAUGGGCCGAGUGGCUCUGGAGGACGUCCCUCAGAAUGGCACCUUCAUGGUGACGAUGACACAGCUGAAGGCAAGUGACACAGGGACCUACCGCUGUGGCAUUGGCCCCACCAACAGCAACCUCUACGUCAGCCUGAACCUGACGGUGUCAGCAGAUGUGGGCACGCAGAGGCCAGUUGAGCUGUUCCUUGGGGAGCUCCGUGGCUCUGUCACCAUCCCCUGCCCACCUGGUGACAGCUGGGGUGGCACCAGGAGGCUCUGGUGCAGAGUGGGGAGAAGCAGCUGCAUCCUUAUUGCUGACACCGACGGCUAUGUGGGAAAGAGCUAUGAGGGACGGAUCCAUAUUACCCCCCAGGAGAGCUCCGGAGCAUUCAAAGUGCUGAUAAAUGAUUUAAGGCCAGAAGACAUGGGGCUGUACACAUGUGGGAUGGGCAGCCCAGCUGACUGGAACAGCUGGCAGAUGGUAGCCCUGCAGGUUACCACAGUCCCUGCCCAGCCCCGGAGGGCGAAGUUUCUGCAUGGCAGGGUGGGGGACUCACUGUCCCUCAGGUGCCACCACGACCCUGCAGGCAGCUACACCAGCAAGUACCUGUGCAGGUGGCAGAAGGCCAGCUGCUCCCUGCUGGUGGACACCGAUGGGUUUGUGCACGAGUCCUACAAAGGGCGCAUAUGGAUCAGCAGCAGCAUGCAGGACAGUGGGACCUACACUGUGGUGAUGAGCCAUCUGCAAGAGGAGGAUGCAGGGUGGUACUGGUGUGGGGCCAGAAAUGGGCAUAGGGAGCACACGACCUCCAUGAAACUGCUCAUUGGGAAAGAAACCUUCACUUCACAAAACCCAGCAAGGCACAAUUCUGCGAACCCCACUUUGCCAUUAAGGUCAUCUUCCAACCGUAUGGUGGCACAGAGGAGCACCACAUGGCCAACGUACACCACAGGACCAACAGACACCACGGGGCCAACAUACACCAUGGGACCAACAGACACCAAUGGGCUGACAUACGCCAUGGGACCAACAGACACCAUGUGGCCAACAUACAUCACUGGGCUGAGACUCACCACGAAGUUGGCAUACAUCACGGGCACCAGAACUGAGGGCACCAGCCCCCAUCCACCAGUUCUCCCCCCCAGCACCUUUGUGACCUCCCGCAGUGACACCUACAGCCAGAGCUCAUCGGGCGAAUUCUCUCUGCUCUCCGUUGUGAUACCAGCUCUUGUUUUGCUGAUUUUCAUCAUUACCACUGUUCUUGUCCUUACCAAAAUAAAGCUUCGUAAGGAGAUAGGAGAAGAAGAAAGCACCCUGGGACAGACAGAAGCUGUGCUGGUGCAGACUGGACCGAGUCCCACAGAAGGACAGGGGAUGGAGGAACUCAGCAGCCCGGACAACACCAAUGGAUGCAAGGCAGAGUCAGGCAGACAUUGGAUAAUACGUGCUCUCCUCGGAAGGUUCGGGCAGACAAGGUUGUGUAAAUCCUUCAGUGAAAAAUAUUCUUUCCAACAAGAAUGAUGAAGGGAACCCAGGCAGAACCCUUUCUCUCAGAGCACGAUGUACAUAAGCUCAGAAACUUCUUUACUGAAAGGCAAACUACAGCUAUAACCUCGAAGCAUGCAGCACUUCUUCCUCGCUCCCUAUUCUGCAGCCAAAUCCUUCUUGUGUGGUUUGUAGAGAACAAAGCAACUAGCCAUGCUGUUCCUGUAUGCCAUCCUGUCUCCUGUAGAGCAGAGCACCCCAAUGGGGAGCUGGGUAUGGAAUGGAAGGAUCCUCAAGCCUGCAGGUCUGACUCUUGGCAAUCCUCAUCCCUAGGGAUUUGUUUUGCAAAGCACAAACCAUGUCAGACUUCAGUCCAACACCAAAGAUUUCAGCCCAGCAGCAGCCCAGACUACAUGCCAUACUUCAGCCUGGAGAGAGGGGGG